CUUGGGAGGAAAGCUCGAGCAAAAUACCUAUAAAACUGUAUUUCUGUCUCUCAGUUGCGCUCUCCUCCUGCACUCGGUUUCUUUUCUCGAUUUCUUCGGACUCUAGCAGAAGCGAUCGCCCAACAAUGAAUUGAAAAUCAGCAGAAAAGACAGAGAUUUCGGAUUAUUCAUCUCUUUUGAAGGCCUGCUGUUCUCAGAUUCCUUCGACUUGAUGUUCAUUUAUCUCAAAUGAUGGUGCCUUUUUCUACAUUCAUUCAAGGGCCUGAAUUAAGAAAUGAACAGGGUUCUCAAAAUCCAGUUAAUGCAGACAUUCUUGACAAUCAUAAUUCAUCUUUUCCACAACCAAGACUUUUCAUCCAGUUUGAUUUGCAGAAAGAAACCUGUCCCGGUUUGCAGAAAAAUCCUAAGUUUACUGUUGGUUCUGCUCAAAUGCUGCCAACCGCUGCACAGGAAGAGUCAUCUUGGCUUAAUUAUGGCUCUAAUUGUAUAUCUUUGAAUGCAUCAGCUGACGCAACUCGUAAAGCGGAUAAACCUGCAAAACAAAGUUCGAGGAAAAAAGGAAAAAAGAAGCGAAAACAUUAUAAAAGAUCCUCGAAUAAAAAGGCCUUCGUUAAACCCGAAAAUCCUGGUGAAGAAGUCAACUGCGAUGCUUCAAAAUCCAAAAUAUCCACCGGAGGUGAUCUAGUUUGUUCUGCCGCAUCCGAAAAUAUGAACUUGCUUGUUCAAGAUGCUUCAAACGAGGCUUUGGAGCAAAUAGAAUGCAAUGGUAUAGAUCGUUCCUGCUUAUUAUCGAGCUUCAUGGGAAAACCAUUAGAUGAAAGCGUGGAUGGUUUGAGAAAGACUGUUUCUCUUUCUUAUGAAUUCAGUGACAAUGUUGGAGACAAGAUGUCUUUCGAGAUUUUAACAUCAAGCUCAAAUCAAUCUUGUGAGUUGAGUUCGUCCACUUCUCUUCAGAAUAAUGCUGAGAUCUAUAUGACCGAAGAUUCUCUUUAUGAUUGUGGAAUGGAAUGGUCCAAUUCAAAUAAUGGGGGAUUUAAUUUGGAAAAUAGGACGAAUUUCAAUUCUUCUGACUGGCAAAAGGAUAUUGCAGACACUGAUUGCAGUUCAGAAAGACUUUUAGGGAGCAGUCAAGCUUCGAGCAGCGAUGAUUUCCAUCCCGUUAUUCGAGCGAAGAGAGGAAGGGCGGCUCGAAAAUUUUCCGGGUUUUCAAAUGAUGCACAUCAACUUAAUAAUGUGUAUUUGCAUCGGCGAUCCGAAACAAUUAAUAAACAUUCUGUGUGGCAGAAAGUAGAAAAGGCGGGCAUUUCAGAUUUAACCUGUCCUCAAAAUAAUGAAAAAACCGCCUCAAGAAACAUCGAUAUUGCCUUCAAUUGCUUGGAAACAAGUGUUAGAAGGGGAAAACCUUUCAGAUGUUCUAAUGAAAUGGAUUCCCCCCAAUCUUAUUCGUCCAUAGUAUCUUCUAUGGUUAAAACCACUUCAGACAGUAUAAAUAUUCCUUCUAAAAUUCAAGCUCUAAGAAAUGAAAAUUUUGAAAACGCAGUUGACUUUAAGAGUAUUUCUCAGUCUCAGCUGACUUUGGGCACUAAUGCUUUGUCGAGAUCGACGAAGAAUUCAAAGAACUCAAUCUUACAGAACACAUCAGCACCAGAUAAUAUCUGCAGCGUUCUACAAAAUACAUCUCCAGUGUCUCGAAAAAUCCAAGCUAAUUCUACAGUGAUAGAAUCAAAUCCAGACCAAAGCCGUGCUGAUCAAUAUCCUAGUAGUCUAAACUCGAGCUUUACCGACGAAUUUAGUUCAAAUUCUCGUAGUUUGGCCCAUUUGUCAACUCGAGAAAUACAAUGUUUGAGCCCUUCUUCUACCUCUACGGAUUGCUCGUCUCCUGAAGAGGGCAGCCUUAUCAACAAGCUCUAUAGUCAACCUUGUACGUCAUCUGAAGGGUCUAGCGAUUUCCCGUCUCCUUCGGGUUCCCACUUCUCUCUUGAAACAAAAAGAAAACUUUUUUUGGGUUUUGAGACUGGUUUAAUGAAGAUAAUCGAGGCGGUUAAUGGAUCAUAUGAAUAUUUCGUUACAACUGAGAGCAUUCAGCUUGCUGGAUUUGAGAGAUUACUUCGUUCCGCAUCACCGCUUAUUGAAACAGGCUGCAUCAGCACUUGUGGUUUGUGUUCUCAAAGUCGAAUCAAUGGAGAUUCGUUGUGUUCCCAUCAAGUUCCCAAUGAGUCACUGAGACGACUAUGGAAAUGGUAUGAGAAGCCCGGCAGUUAUGGGUUAGAAGUAAAGUUAGAUGACUCGUAUUCCCUUAAAAGAUCCCGUACCAAUCUUUCUAAGUUUUGUGCUUAUUUCGUACCUUAUCUUUCUGCCGUACAGUUAUUUGGUCGAUCAGGAAAGGUUUUCAGUUAUCCUAAAGAGGAUGCUGAAGGAGAUGUCAUGAAAAGUUGUGAUGUUUGUGAGAGGUUGAAAUGUUCGACUGGUUUGGCUUCGCUACCAAUAUUGUCAAAGCUUUUGCCACGGCCAUGCAAAAAAGAAGAUAAAAGGUCAACAAAACUGUGUUCAUCAAGGAAAGAUGAAGAAUUUGAUAAACUAAACUUUGAGGAACAACUGCUGUUUGAAUAUUUUGAUUCUGACCAACCACAGCAGCGGAGACCGUUAUUUGAUAAGAUUCAAGAGCUUAUUCUCGGCGAUUCUUCAGCUAAUUGCCACUUUUUCGGGGAUCCUUCCAAGUUGGCGAGUAUAAAUCUGAAUGAACUCCACCCGGCCUCUUGGUAUGCUGUUGCGUGGUAUCCGAUCUAUCAGAUACCUGAAGGCAGCUUUCGUGCCGCUUUUUUAACCUAUCAUUCUUUUGGCCGCUUUGUUCGGAAAAACACGUCAAAUACUGUUGAUGGUUGCAUAAAUUCUAUAACCUUGCCAGUUGUGGGUCUACAAAGUUACAAUGCUCAG